AUGACCUGCAACCCCCAAUAUAAUGAUCUUGAACACUUGAUCGUAGAUAUGGAGGAGAAGGAUGGAGAAUGGAUGACCCAUAUGACUUGGAAAGAACAGUCUGACUUCGAACUUGCUAUCCAAUUGCGAAAGGACGGAGUUAUUACAACUCCAGGAGACUCAUUCCAUGAGUCACAACAGCAGGAGAUCGAUGGUCUGAUAGCAAGAGGCGUGUUUAAGUUUGUCCUAUUUGACCCAAAACAACACGCAAAUAUACGAAUCUUCAAUUCCUGGUUCGUCAACGAAGUCAAAGGCAAGACAACUAUCCCUUUUGAGAAGUCAAGACUGGUUAUUCAAGCCUACAACGACGAAGGCAAGCAGGAGAUUCUUACCCAAUCCCCAACGAUCCAGAGAGCUAGCCAGAGAGUUAUUUUUGCGUUGGCACCAUCACUUCAACUACAAGGGAUCUUGCUCUACCUGCGAGAUAUUACACAAGCUUAUAUCCAAGCAACUACUCUAUUAAAUCGUUUGAUAUUGGCAUAUCUUCCGAAGGAAUUGAGACACUUGUACCCAGAAGGUACUAUCAUGGUCGUACGGAAGCCACUAUAUGGUAUUCCUGAAGCUGGAACUCACUGGUGGGCGACAUACUACAAGCACCACAAGGAAAAGCUGUCUAUGGUUACUUCAACAUACGACCCCUGUCUCUUGAUUACCACCAACAAGGAUGCAUUUGGAGUAGUUGGGAUGCAGACAGAUGAUACGCUAUUCCUGGCAUCUGAGCAUUUCGCUAUUUUGGAAGAUGAAGAACUGAAGAAGGCCAAGCUAAUGGCAAAACCAAGAGAUAAGCUGUCAUUGGCAUCCAACCUGAUUUUCAAUGGGUGUUCCCUUACGUUGGAAUCAGACGGCACAAUAGCUCUUCUACAGAAGGAUCAAGGCAAGAAGCUCCGACUGGUCACUAAAGGAGAGAAUUCCCACCAAGAAUACCUUAAACAACGUGCUCGGGGAGCUUAUAUUGCUUCCAUAUCUCAGCACCAAAGCCCUACUGCUGACAACAUUCGGAACCUCAACAAGCGUAUCAUGUGGCAGAUAGAGAACCAGAGCCGUGGCAUCAAAUACAUUCCACUGGACCUAUCUAACGUUAAGAUUUUUGUGUUUGUGGACGGAUCCUUCGCUAAUAACAAAGAUUUCAGUUCCCAGAUUGGAUAUGUCAUUAUUCUAGCCAACGAGAGUUCGACAGGCGACGAGUUUGAGAUUACAGGCAACCUUACUCAUUACAGUUCGACCAAGAGCAAGAGAGUGACUAGAUCUGUGCUUGCAUCAGAGAUCUAUGGCAUGGUAGGAGGCGUUGAUAUGGCAAUUUCGAUCGGUACAACUAUCAAUAUGAUCACAAGACAGCUUGAUCUCCCUAACGUCCCCAUUGUGGUCUGUACCGACUCUUACUCUCUCUACGAAUGCCUCGUCAAGCUCGGUACUACUAAGGAGAAGCGUCUUAUGAUCGAUAUUAUGGCACUUCGGCAGUCAUACGAGCGAAGAGAGCUGACAGAAGUCCGAUGGAUCAAUGGAAAAGACAACCUAGCAGACUCUAUGACGAAAUCUACCCCGAACAAGGCUCUGGAGCAGUUCUUAAACGAAAACCGGCUGAAGGUACGAGUGGAAGGAUGGGUGGAGAGAAAGUGA